UAAAACUAUUUAUCGACACAAUUAAGACACGCACGUUUUAAUUAAUCUUUUUUAAUUAUCAAGAAACUUUAAACGAAUGCACUUUAACAAUUCGUGCGUAAAAUUGUAGAGGGAUCAGAUUAUAAAAAGCAAACGAGAGAAACCAUCAGCACUCUCAGCUUGGGCAGCUAACAAACUUUAGCACCAUGGGAGCAAAUCUCGAAGCGAGUGUGUUUUUGGUUAAACUUCUCCUGGUUGGUAUCACCGGAAGUGUCACUUUGCCCGAUGUGAAGUACCUCCAGUACUACCAACCCACUUUGCACAGCGCCACCAACCCAUUGGUCCACGUCCUGCCACUGGAAAAGCAGGACUACCAGGACGAAGUGAUCUACGAUGUGGACCAAGACAAGCCCCAAGACUACGACGAUUACAAAAAGUACGAAGACGACGCCGAAAAGUACUCCACAAGUGCGCGAAGAACCCAUUUCCCGAAAAAGGGCAAAAAGGAGGUCCACUACCACAAGCACAAGCACAUCCAUGAGCACGACCACAAGCAGGAGCACGUCCACAAACACCAGCAGAAGCACGAACACGAGCACAAGCAUGGGCAUAAGCAGGAGGACCAGCACAGCCACCACCACACCAGCCACCACCAACACGACCACCACGAAAAUGCCCACCACCAGCACCAAGGCCGCCACAAGCAUGCCCACCACAGCGACCACAAGCACGACCACAAGUCGGAGCACAAGCAUGGGCAUUACCACAGCGCCAAGCACGAACACAAGCAAAGCCACAAGCAUGAGCAUUCGCAUGAUGGGCAUCAUGGGCAUGACCACCACCACAGCAACAGCCAUCAUCAUUCGCACGACCAUAAGCAGGAGGACAAGCACGUGCACCACCAUUCGGCGAAGACUCAACACAACCAUCAACAUAAGCAUGGGCAUCAUGGGCAUCACGAUCACAAGCAUGGGCAUAAACAUACCCACGGACAUAAGCAUUCCAAACAUUGAUUCUGUUGUUGGUUUUAAGCAUUAAAGGUUUUAAUAAGUU